UCCAGCCAGCGCAGUCCUUUAAAUCCCCUGGCGCUCCCCAAGUCAGCUCUGAAGGGGUGGAGACUCCGCUCGGGGCCGGAGCCAGAGCAGGAGCAAGAGCAGGAGCCCGGAUCUGCUCGCUCGUCUCAGGUCAGCGAGUGGCCCAAGGUCCGGGACAUCCACCUUGGAGGGGAAAGUCACCUUCUGGUGCCUCUGCCCACGCCGGAGCCAGGGAGAGUUGUCCCAGACCAGGAGAGCCCAGAGGCCACCACUGCUGCUGUCCUUGCGCCACCCCUAAGGCGGGGAGCGGGAGGCAGGUUCCUGUGCCCCUGGCCCGUCUCUGGGGCACCCCAGCUGCUCCCCAGACUCAUGCCUGAAGGGGACUCAGCAGGACUCAGCGGAUUCCUACUAUCCUGCGGCUGCUCCAGAGUGUGAGACAAUCAAGAGGGACUCGGGGAAUCUCCUAUUAUUGCCACAGGUGUCCGAACUAGAUGAAAUGUCACAACAAGGUGGUCUUCCUUACUUCUCCAGAACAGGUAACUAUAGUGGCUGGCGGAGUGAUUGCAGGGCUGCUCUUGCUGGUUCUGAUUGGGAUUAUGGGCUACUGUCUCUGGAAGAAGCUAUGCGUUGCCCCUGCCUAUGAAGAGCUGAAUGGAACACCAUCCCCGGCUGGUGGACAGGAGAAGCAGCCUUCCCAGUCAGCAGUGAUCCAACCCAACAGGACCCAAGGCAUCCCAUUUGUUAUUCCUCCCUCCUUCCACGGCCGGGAUUGGAUUACUCUGACCAAUGGAGAGAAGAUCCAGGAUGAGAGUGAUCCCUACAUUGCCCCAGAAUUCCUGCCUCGAUCAUCUUUUCAUUCACUUGGGGGUGCCUAUGUGAUUGGGACAAUCAAUCCAGAGCUUUACAAGUUUCCUGAGGACAAGAGUGAGACGGACUUCCCCGAAGGCUGUCUGGGGAGGCUGUGGUUCACGGUGGGGUAUGAGCAGGAGGCCGAGAGGCUACUGGUGGGCCUCAUCAAGGCCCGGAGGCUGCAGACCCCCUCCCUGUCAGAGACUUGCAGUCCCUUAGUGAAGCUCUAUCUGCUGCCUGAUGAGCGGCGCUUUCUGCAGUCCAAAACCAAGCGUAAAACCGCCAACCCACAAUUUGACGAGAACUUCAUUUUCCAGGUAUCCAGCAGAACAAUCAAUCAGAGGGUGCUGAAGUUUUCAGUGUUCCACGUGGACAAGCAAAGGAAGCAUCACCUUCUGGGCCAAGUGCUCUUCCCACUGAAAGACGAGAUGCUAACAAGUGAUGGUCGGCCCAUUGUCUGGAGAGACUUGGAAGCAGAGAGCCUGGAGCCCCCUUCUGAGUUUGGCGACAUCCAGUUUUCUCUCAGCUACAAUGAUUACCUGGGACGCCUAACUGUGGUGGUGCUAAGAGCUAAGGGCUUGAAGUUCCAGGAUGACCGGAAUGUUGUCAGUGUGUUUGUCAAAGUGUCGCUGAUGAACCACAACAAAUUCGUCAAAUGCAAGAAGACCUCUGCUGUGCUGGGCUCCCCCAAUCCUGUGUAUAAUGAGACUUUUAGCUUCAAGGCUGAUCCCGGGGAGCUAGACACUGCAAGCCUGAGCCUGACGGUGCUGCAGAACACAGAAGGGGACAAAAGCCACCAGCUGGGCCGUGUAGUAGUAGGACCCUUCAUGUACACGAGGGGGAAAGAACUGGAACACUGGAAUGAGAUGAUCAAUAAACCCAAGGAACUGGUGAAGAGGUGGCAUGCGCUGUCUGGAAGCACCUAACUGCUCCUGGUCUGCAGGGACAGCGACUUCUCUGCUUUGGUAACUGUUUCUCUUCCUUUAGAAAACUACAUAAGAACAAGGUGUCAUCACCAUUUCCCCCAACAGCUAGCAGAACCACCAGGCCGGCCUCAUAGUGGGGUGUGUACGCAGGGAGCAGACUCUGAUAAGAUGAAGGAAGAUGUCCUCACUGGUUCUACGUCAGAAACAGGGCCUCCUCUUUCCUUGGUUAGCACAGGGAAAAUCCCAAUAUGUCCUCUUUUCUCUCUUGUGGAAUACUCUUAAAAGUCCUGUUUUGGGACACUUAUCAUUGUAAAGCUGAAGUUAAGUCAGAAUUUCAGACAUUCAGACUGUUUGCAAAAUAGUACAGAUGUCAGUGGGACAAAGUUUGGUUUUGUCCGAGCUUAAAUUCCUAUCGGCACACGUGAGCACUCUUUUGUAGGCAGGCUGAUUCUCUGUAUUCAGCUACAAAAGGAAAUACUGUUUUAAGAGGAUAGAAAUAGGAAGAAGCUAGGAAAAUAUUGCCCAGUGUAUGUGUGCCGUUGUGUCAAUGAGAACUACACAUGGGUGGAAGCAGUUGAUCACAGUAAGAGAUGUACGACUUACUACUUGUUUACUUGAAACUCAUGUGAACCCUACCUCUAGAUGUGGGCCUAAGGGAUCUGUAGCAUAGGACCCAUCCUGGUGACAUACAGUGACCUCAAGGUGGAAUGAGAUUCCUUGGUGACAAGAAUGUUGUCUGAGCUAGUUGGAAGAAAAUCUCUUCAGAGCAAAGAAAUAAUGUUACAAGCAUCAAAGCGAGAGAGAAAGAUAAGCCAGCCAUAGUCGACUAUAGAUGGUCUAAGUCAAAAUGACUUCAAUGUUCUGAUACUUGCUCAUACUGUCCUAAGGGACUGAGACAGGGCGCUGUACUACCACAGUGAAAUUCCUGAUGGAGAAUGGAUGACCUCUGUUGUGAGGGUUCCCUGGCCAGGUGUGGUCAAAAAAUCUCAACUUCUGCGCUUUCAUACACUUCGAACUAAGCCACUGCACAUUCCCAUACUCUUCUGGUCAUUAAAACACUUGUGAAUCAAGACUAGCGGUCCUUUUCUUUAUAAUUACCAGAAGGUGCCGACGGCAGUGUAUUCGGCGUUUUUGGAGUUUGAUGUUUGGAGACAAAGGUUUGAUUCCAUGAACAUUUAUACAGCCCCUAUUAUGCGCUGGUGCAGCUUACAGCAGAAUCUGUGAGCCUGGAUCCAGUGGAAUGGCAUUGUUGUAUGGACGAUUCAGCGAAGGUUUCCAACCAUCUCGUGUCACACAAUGAACAGCAAAUGCAUCUCGGAUAUUUUACAGGAAGUACUGUUUAGGUACGGUUUUCAUCUGUCGCUUUUCCGUGUUAUCAAAAAAGGAAGAAAAGUGAGGUGAACCAUGGGGAGCUGGGAUAGGAUGUUUUUAUUUUUUAAAUGUAUUAUCCAUUAUAGUUUUAUACCUGACAAAAACUUUUGAAUGAAAUUUCAAGUCAC